AUAGAAACCAAUCAGCUUCCAGGUUUUAUUGUCAAAGUUUAUCUGUUAGAAGCUGAUUGGCUCCCAUGCAGAGCUGCACCAGAUUUUGUAAUCUCCAGUUUUAGUAAAUCUCCCCAUUUUUUUUAUAUAACCUCCCUGGCGGUAUUCCUGAGUGUAGCUCGGGGUAAAGUUUCAGUAUCACAAGCGGUAAUCCCGAGCUACACUCGGGCUUACCAUGCGCCCUGCUCCAGGAUCCCUCGAUCACUUACCUUGUCCUGCGCUCCCGCGAUGUCCCUCCUGCAGUGUCCCCGGCAAUGUAAUCCGGCGAAUGCCGGCAUCUGUCUUCCGGGUUCCGUUCCCUGCGACGUCGGGACGUAUGGGGGACGGAACUAGCGGGAAAUUUGAAAAUGACAAAAAGUGACAUUCACUAAAUACACUAA